AGUAGAAGAUGUUUGAAUCUCCUAGAAGUCUACGUGAAGUUUGCAUUGAUUUUAUUUGUGACAAUGUUUUGAAUUUGUGUGUGCUAUGUCCUGGUUCAUUGGAGACAUCUAUUUGCAGUCUGCAAGCAAAGUCUUCAGUAAAUGAUAGUAAUACAGAUAUUUUGGGAAAUACUGCAACAGUACCUAGGGCAUCCACUGAUGGAUCAUCAAGUUCAGCAACAAGACUUAGUUUUAAGUAUCCAGAUGUUUUUAUUCCCACUGAACUCUCAGAACAAUUAUUAUCCAACCUUUGUGAAAAAAAAACUUUAUCUGACUUGACCAUUACACUCUUUGAUUCAAAGUCUACUAGAUUAAGACAUGUGAGGUUAAAAGAUGCAUCUGCAUUAUCAGCAAAGGGCUUAAAAGUUUUAAAACAACAUAAAGUCGAAGAGUUGAUAGUAAAUGGAUUAAAAAUAACUGUUAAUGAGCUUAUAACUUGUUUAAGUGACUGGAGUUUACAAAAUCUUAGGUCAUUGAGUGUAGCAAAGGGAAGUUUUAUGGAUUGUUCAAGGUAUUGUGUGGUAGUAACACUAAGCAAAUUAAGAGCAUUGAAUACAUUAAAUGUAUCAGGAACAGAGUUUAAUAAACAUGGUCUGGAAAUAGUGGUCGAAGACCUUCCUCUUCUAGAAAAUUUAGAUAUUUCAUGUACAAAAGUUGAUGACAUAACACCGUUAAAAAAAUGUAAAAAUCGAUUGAAAACGCUGAAUAUGUAUAAUUUAAAGAUAAAUGAAAGUGCAAAUUUAAUCUCAGUAUUAUUGAAAUUAAAUAAGUUAAGAAAUUUAGACAUUUCUGAUGAAAAAGAUAUGCAUGCUGUUAAUUCUGUUUUGGGGCCUGCAAAACCAAAAAUAACAGACUUUUUAAAAGCUGUACAUUGUAUGCCAUAUUUAACUAAUCUAGACUUAUCUGGGAAAGGUGAUAUAGAUCCAAGAGACUUAAAAGAAUUUAUUAAAGCCCAUCCACAUUUAAAGUUUUUGGGUCUUGUUAGUACAGAUGCUUGCUAUGAAGAUAGUUUAACAAAUUCGGCAAACAAAGACUAUAGACCUGGACUUGUUGUUAGUGGUACAGCAACAGAAUCCCAGAUUUUGGAAGCUCUUAGAAGGUAUACAUGCAGGCCACUUUAUCUUGAGAAAUGUUUACUUAGUUUAUUCCGUUUAACACAUAACUUUCUUGAACCACGGGUUGAUGUCAUAAAGUUGGUGUUAGCUGGUAUGAAAAAAUAUCCACACGAAGUUCGUGUACAGAUGCCGUGCACUGCCUGUCUUUAUAAUCUUUCCAAAGGUGAAUUCGCUAUUAUGAUUCACCCAUCUAUACUUAAACAAGUUGUUGAAUUAACAAUGGUAGCAAUGGAAUCUUAUCCUACCAAUUAUCGACUUCAGAUGAAUACGCUGCUGACAUUAUGUAGUGAUAGAAUUCUCCAAGAUGUUGCAUUUGAUAAAUACAGGUGUGCAAAAUUAGUGAUGAAUUCCCUGUUAACUUUUAAUGAACCAUCAGUGAUUCGCAUGUCUGUUGCUAUUUCCUCAAUCUUGGCAGCAAAAAUAACUCCAGUGGAAACAUCUAUGCUUGGUGCUCAACCGCAGUACAUGUCCAAAUUACUUGCAAUAGUUAAGUCUAGAGUUGAAUCUAAAUCGGUAGAUAUAACAAUGAAAUUUACAUUAAGUGCACUGUGGAAUUUAACUGAUGAAAGUGCUACAACAUGUACAGUUUUUCUGGCAGAAGGUGGAAUGGAGUUGUUCCUUAAAAUGCUUGAAAGUUUUCAGGGAGAAUCUAGUGUUGAAACUAAAGUACUGGGAUUACUAAAUAAUAUAGCAGAGAUUAAUUAUUUGAAACCAAGGCUCAUGCAACGUGAAUUCAUUUCUAUGCUUCCUACGCUCCUGGAUUCUGCACACAUCGAUGUGUCUUAUUUCGCAGCAGGUAUUACGGCACAUCUGCUUAGCGCUGAUCAACGUUUAUGGUAUCCUGAGGGUUUGAAACAAACUAGGAUACAAUUAUUACGACAGUUGGCUCAUACUGUGACACAUUGGCGAACACCUCAAGGAGAAAUGGUCGCUUAUAGAAGUUUUCAACCUUUCUUCCCACUUUUGCGUUGCUCAGAUGCUCCUGUUCGACUUUGGGCAGUUUGGGCAAUACAGCAUGUAAUUACAAAAAAUCCAAAACAUUACUGCAGCAUGUUAAUCAGAGAAGAAGGUGUAGGAAUAUUAAAAAGCCUGAAAACCUCAAAUACACACAUACAAGAUUUGCGACGGUCAAUUCUUGAAAUGAUUGAAUUAAAUUCUUAACGACGAC